UGAAACACAAACUAAAGUUUUCGAAAUAUACCUGUUGUCAGCAGUAUAUAAAUGGUUGAAAUUUGUAUUAACAACAAAGUCUAAAGAUCUACAGAAGUCUAAGGCAGAAGGUUACCACAUCUAAUCUAAUUCUAUUGAUUGCUAACGUAAACCAUAAUUGUUAGCAAAAUGGCAACUACAAGAUCAUUGGGUUUCUAUUUUGCCAUUAUCACCAUUUUGUCAAUAUUCGUUGACACUAAUUGUCAAACACCUCCAAGUGAGAAUAGUUCUUCAAAAGCAGAUGCCUGUUUUAGUUCUAAUACUGAAGUUGAUGUUGAAAUGGAACCAUUUCAUAGUUACACCCUGAAAUGGAACAAGCCCAAUUUCAGUGGUUUAAUUGAGUAUCAAAUAUGUAUGAGUGAAAAGGAUACUGGGGUAUGUGAAUUUUAUAAAAGUAGUGCUGUUUGUCCAACAUUUACAAUGAAGGGAUAUAUGCCAAAAGACUUAUUUCAUUUUGUUAUUUACGCUCAUGAAUUAAGUAAUCUUGAUAUUAAGUGGACGAGCUCUGAAUUCAACACCACAGAAAUAAUUGAUGGUUGUAAACCUAGAGGAGAUAUCAAAGUGCUUAAUAUCACUAAAACAUCUGCCAUUUUGCAAUGGGAAAAGCCUAAAAAUUGUAAAUACAUGGAUUCGAUAUAUUUUGUGGAAAAAAAUCGUCAGCUCCGCAAUGGAUGGAAUACACUUGAGGGAUAUCAUCGAAUUUCUAUCGCUUCAAAUACUACCAAUGUAACAGUAAAAGAUCUUGAACCAGGAAAAAAAUAUGUGUUUACAUUAGAUGUUGCACUUCUCCCAAAUAGAAUAAAAGGAAUCUCUAGUCCAGAAAUCAGAAUUAAACAUCCUUUAGAUUCAAAAAUUGAUUCUUAUGUCAGCAAAAAAUUAGAAAAAAUUAAUUCUGAUGUUCCUUUUAAUCCUCUUGAUUACAAUUAUUCUAUCACAGUUGUUGAUUUUGAUGAUACAACAGCCUAUAUUCAGUGGGGUAAACCUGAGAAUAUUUCUACGGCUGCAAAAAUGGAGGUUUUUAUAAUCGACUUAAAUAAUACUAGGGAACCUGAGUUGCUUGACUAUGUAUAUCCUGAUGAAUUAUAUAAUUUUGUGAAAAUCAAAUAUUUAAAACCCGACACAGGUUAUAAAUUUCUAGUUGCGUAUACGGAUGGCGAGGAUGUUCAUUUUCUCAUAAGCGAACAAAUCAUUACUGCCCAUCCAAAUAAUUUGCUGCUCCUUACUUAUUAAAGUUUUACUUUCAAUACUAUAUAACGAAAUAAAUAUAUUUCAAUGAA